AUGGCCACUCUGUGGCGGCGCAUCCUCCCUCAACGCGUCGCCAACAGCGGCUCUCAACUGCGCGACCACCAAGCCAAUGAGCGCACAUUCCUCUCAUGGACCCGGAUGGGGCUGGGCUUCGCAGCCAUGGCUCUCGCCCUCGGCCGUCUAGACGCAAUCGAUCGCAUUAUCUCCUCGGGCUUAUCAAGCUCCAAAUCAAACCUACUUGUGGUUCCCGACAAUGCCGGAGCUGGAGCCGCAGCCACAGCCGGGCGCACAGGCAACAACAUCAACAGCACAGAACAGCAGCCAAAUCAAAUUAGUACGUAUCUGGGGAGUGGGCUUUCUGCAGCAACGCUCUGCCAGACCAUCAGUGUGUGGUCGUUUGGGUAUGGGAUUUUCCGGUAUCUGUCUGUGAGGCGGAACCUGCUGAAAGGGCAGUUUACGCCGGCGAUCUGGGGGCCUGCCUUUAUAACGUGUGGGUGUUUGGGGGUGUUUAGCUCGAUGGGCUUGUGGAUGGAGCGGAGGGAUAAGAAGAUGCAUUAG